AUGUCCGAGGUUCAAUCCGUCCCCGACCGCAUCCCCACAAUCAACCUCAGCAAAGCUUCUUCUGACAGUGACCCGUCCAUUCGCGCAGACCUCCUCGCCCAACUCCGCCACUCCCUCCUCGACAUCGGCUUCCUGUACAUCUCCGACCACGGCGUCGAUGCCACCGUCGUGGACAACCUCCUAGCGUUGCUGCCUCUUCUAUUCGACCUCCCGGAGGGUGUCAAAUCCUCCGCCUCGCUACUCAACUCCCCGCACUUCCUGGGAUAUAGUUCGUUUGGCCACGAAACCACAGCCGGAAGCCAGGACCAGCGCGAACAGUUUGAAUUCGCGAACGAAGUGCCUGUUCGGGAUGGAGACGAAAGCCUGUCUACGCGCCUGUUGGGCCCGAACCAGUGGCCCGUAGUCGAUCGCGAUACAGGAGACCGCGACGUCGAGACCCCGGGUGUGUCGGUGGGACGUUUGAGGGAGGCAGUCGAAGCGUAUAUCCGUGAGAUGCAGUCCCUGAGCACCAGGUUUCUGAGCCUUGUGGAGGAGGCCCUCGAGGUGGAGAGCGGCGUCCUGCAGCGUUUCACCGGGCCUCAGGAUCGGCUCAAGGUCGUGCAUUAUCGGUCAUCCGGCUCUGCGGACCCCUCUGCCUCUGAAUCUGCCGCUGUAGACCAGUCUCCAAAGGACGGUCAUGUUCCAUCGGCCUGGAUCCAAGGUGUAGGCCCCCACAAGGACUCCUCCGGCUGGAUGACAUUCUUGCUGCAAACGCAACCGCCACCACAAGCACAAGCACAAGAACAAGAACAAGCGCAACCCUUGCGUCUUUAUUCGUCUUCUUCGCCCUCAUCGAACGGUUGUGGCAGCACCGGCAGCAGCGGCAGCAUCUCCGGCAGGGGCCUCCAAGUCCUGACCAAGUCCGGCACCUGGAUCGACGUCCCUCCCAUGCCAGGCACCUUUGUCGUGAACAUGGGCCAAGCCUUCGAAGUCGUGACCAACGGCCUGUGCAAAGCGACGACGCACCGCGUGUUGCUCCCGUCCGGCUCAUUCGAGCGGUAUAGCGUGCCGUUCUUCCAGGGCGUGCAGCCGCGGCUGAGGAAGCACGACUUUAUGAGCUUGUGGGCGCAAUUUGACGAAAGGAGGCACAGAUGGGGCGAUGGGCUUGAGGGCGACGAGGCGAGGAAUGUCGACAGUCCGUUCUUGAAGGGAAAGUACGAUACGUGGGGGGAGGCGCAAUUGAGGACGAAAAUCCGGAGUCAUAGGGACGUGGGCAGGAGAUGGUAUCCUGAUGUCUAUGACAAGUAUGUCAACGACGAUAGCUAG